AUGAAUAAAGCAAAAUUUCUAGUUUCUAAACCAAAAAAUGGAGUUGGAGGAUUUGUCUUUCAAUGUCGAAAGAUUGAAUUCAAUUAUUGUGAACGUAGUGGAAGUAGUCGUGGUAUGAUUGAAUAUUUUAAAACUAAACUUAUACCUUUCGCUAAGAGAAAUCCUCAAAUUGAAAUCAUUGUAACUCCUAGACCUUCAAAACAUCCAUUGGUUCGAGGAACCUAUUUGAAUGAGAUGCAAAAAGAUAUUUGUGUUAAAAACUUGGAUCCAAAAGAAAUCGAUAAAUAUGUUCAGUUAAUUCGUGAUAAUACUGGUUAUAAAGCAAAGUCAAGAUUCAAGAAGCCUGUCAUUUCAACCACACCUAGUGUUAGAGGUAUUUGGAGUCCAUUUAAUACUAGACCACACAUUAUUUAA